CUAGAAAACGCGAUGUUGUGACUGUUAGUGAAGACUCUCACCCAUAGAUUCGACGGACUGUUCACUCCUUUGCAUCCUCCAUCUCUUAAUGCUUCUUCUCUGUGCGCAAGAAUCAGAGUCUUCACAGAGGAUAAAGCAUAACACUUAUGAGAGGGCUGUCCUGGGAGGAAACAUUUCCAUCUUCUGCAACUUUACAAGUCUGGAAAAUGUUGAACAAAUCACCUGGCAAAAAAUCCAAGGCUCAUUACCUCAAAAUAUUGGCACUUACAGUCAUAAAUAUGGAGAAAAAAUUCUACCACCAUAUGUAAACAGGUUGCAGUGCAAGAUCUUGGAACCCAGUACCUACUUCAUGACUAUCCAAGGAGUGACAUUUGAAGAUGAAGCCUGCUACAAGUGUCUGUUUAACACUUUUCCACAUGGCAGCCAUGGAGGACAAACCUGCCUCACCAUUAUAACUGUAUCUGAACUAGUAACUGAGCUCCGGUCUGCUCCUGGCUCUGAAGAUCUUCAUAGCCUUCUUUGUUCAGCUGUGGGAAAGCCUGCCCCUGGAAUCUCCGUUUACCCUUCACAAGUCACAGUGCAGGCACCACAAGAGUACUUUGCUCAGAACGCCAAUGCCACGGUGACUGUCACUAAAAUCUACAACAUCUCUUUGAAAACUGCGAGGUCCCUGGGUCUCCAGGACUUGGUUGUGUCAAUGACUCACUCUGUAAGAAACGAAGAGAAAAUAGUCCGAUUGCCAGUCAAUCAAGGAGGUACCACGAAUCCUUGUUUAAACUGGAUGAUAACUGCGAUUGCAUUCAUCAUUUUGUUUUUGGUUUCAUGCAUCAUCAGUGCUGUUCUCUACAUUUAUUUCCAAAAGAAAAGGUCAAAUAACAUGCCCGAGCCAUCAUCAACACAGAUGCCUAACCCACUAUCAACACUGGUACCCACACCACCAUCAACAGAGACUGAGAACUUAAUGAGACAUCACUGCCAGUCUGAGACAUAAUUGAUUGUAUGUGAUUUUUAUUCUGUCACUAUAUUUUUAAAUUUAAGAAUGUUUCAAAUUUUUGAAAAUGUAUUCACUAGCAGCAAUUAUCAUGUUAGAAAUAAGUGGAGACAAGAAUUUGUUUCAAGUGAGGUUUUAUUUAUGUUAAUGUCUUUACAUUUUGAAGUUAAAAUUAGAUUUAACUGAUACAUAAUAAUUAUAGAUAUUUAUGGAGUAUCAUGUAUAUUUUGAUAGCAAGUUAAAGGUAUCUGUUUACUCAGACAUUUAUCAUUUCUUUGUGCCUAAAACUUUUCAAAUCUUUCCUGUAAGGUUUUAAAAAUAUGCAGCACACAGUCAUUAUCUAUAAUUACCCUCCUGUGCAGUAGCUCAAGAAAGUCUCACUUCUAACUAUAAACUUAGUUUUGACCACUUUUUCCUCAUCUCUCCUACCCUCUACUAACCCAGUCUCUAAACAAUACCAUUCUACUCUCAACUCUGUGACGUGAAUUGUGUAUUCCUUAUCUUGAUCAAAUCACUUAUCACUUGUCUUUAAGUAACUGGAUUUUUUUUGGGGGGGGCUUUGUAUGGAUGAACCCCGAGUUCCAUCCACAUUGUUGCAAAUGACAGAAUUUCCAUUUAUGGCCAAAUAAUAUUUACACCGCUGUGUGUAUUAUGUUUUCUUACUCUGCUCAUUAGUUCUAGACAGGUAGUUGCUUUAGUCUUCAUCUGUUGUGAAUAGUGUUACAAAAAAACUGUGGAAGUCCAGAUAUCUUCUCAACAUUUUCAACAUAUUGAUUUCUUUUCCUUUUCAAUAUAUAUCCAAUAAUGGAAUAGCCUGAUUAUAUAGCAGUUUGAUUUUUAACUUUUCGAGAAUCCUUCAUGGUGUUUUCAGUAAUGGCAUAUUAAUUUAUAUUUCACCUACACUAUGUGAGGAUUCCCUUCUCCAUGUGCAUACAUCAGUUUUCUUUGGUGCCUUAAAUAAUAAAUACUCCUGUGUGGUAAGCUGCUACCUUCUGGUGGCUUGAUUUGCAUUUCCAUGAUGACUAAUGAUAUUAAGCAUUUUUCAUGUCCCAUUAAAUGCCAUUUUGUAUGCCUUCCUUCAGAUAUGUCUAUUUAAGUUUAUUGCCAAUAAAUCAAGUAAUUUUUAUUGAA